AUGGUUAUUUUCUGUAUUUCUCUUCACCCCUACUUUAGUGGAAUAGGUCGAAAUUGGCCGUGGGCCUCUGGCGGCAGCAGCAUUUUGGCAGAAUUUGGGACUUUGCACCUGGAGUUCGUACACUUGAGCCACCUGUCUGGAAACCCUGUCUUUGCUGAAAAGGUAAUGAAUAUUCGAAAAGUUCUAAAUCGACUGGAUAAACCAGAGGGCCUUUACCCCAACUAUCUGAAUCCCAGCAGCGGCCAGUGGGGCCAGCAUCAUGUUUCCAUUGGAGGACUUGGGGACAGCUUUUAUGAAUAUUUGCUCAAGGCAUGGCUGAUGUCAGACAAGACAGAUGAAGAAGGCAAGAAAAUGUAUUAUGACGCUGUUCAGGCCAUAGAGACCCACCUCAUUCGCAAAUCAAGUGGGGGGCUGAUGUACAUUGCUGAGUGGAAGGGUGGACUGCUUGAGCACAAGAUGGGACAUCUCACUUGUUUUGCUGGAGGCAUGUUUGCUCUUGGAGCAGACGGAGCACCUAAUGACAAGACAGGCCAUCACAUCGAGCUGGGUGCUGAAAUUGCGAGGACGUGCCAUGAAUCCUAUGACCGUACAAGCAUGAAACUGGGACCAGAAGCCUUCAGAUUUGAUGGUGGUGUUGAGGCCAUUGCUACAAGACAAAAUGAAAAAUACUACAUCCUACGACCAGAAGUCAUAGAGACCUACAUGUACAUGUGGCGACUCACUCAUGACCCAAAGUACAGGCAGUGGGGAUGGGAAGCUGUAGAGGCACUGGAAAAACAUUGCAGAGUAGACGGUGGCUAUUCUGGCAUUAGAGAUGUUUAUAACAAUCAUGAAAGCCAUGAUGAUGUGCAGCAAAGUUUCUUCCUUUCAGAGACACUCAAGUACCUAUAUUUGCUGUUUUCUGAAGAUGAUCUUCUUCCAUUUGAACACUGGGUCUUCAACACAGAAGCUCAUCCUCUCCCUGUUCUUCACAAAGAGGAUGGGAAUAAAGAAGAAAACCAGAAAUAGAUGAAGAUUAAGUUAUAUUUUGUUUCAUUCCUUAUGUUUUUUUCCAGGACUUGGGCACAUGAUUUGCUUUUAAAUUCCUGAGUUAAAUUUUUAAAUCAAGUGUUUUGCAGUCUGUUUCCUUUAACAGUAAAUAUUUAUGAAUGGACUCCAACUGAUUAUGGUAAAAUUUCAUUCCUCUUUAUCCACCUGAACCACUUCUUAUAAGAGAAAUAGGACAUCUCUCCAGAUUUUGUUAGGUUGCAGUGUCAUCUUGGCCAAAAAGAGCAGAGGGUCUGCAUGUUACUCGUUUCCUGUUAUGCUUUUAAUUUGACUGCAAAAUUCUUCUCUCCUCUGUGAGGAGAUGUCUGCUUUAAGCUGUAAUAUUUUGCCAUGUUGCAAAAAGCCAUAUUGAAGUAUAAGAGCUUUUUUCUUUUAUUUUUUUUGUUCUAUGUUAAUUUGUUUUAUAUGUUAAUUUUUGUGUGUCAUCCAAGACAAAUCUUGUGACUGUGACAGCCUCUUCUUAUGCGGGUCUAUCAUUAUUUGGUAAAGUAUCUGAUGUAUUUCAUUGUCAAUGAAGUCUACAUAGGAAUAUUUUCAUCUCAUGCAGACACAACUCUGAAACUGCAGUAUGCAUUAAAGUUAGUCUAAACUUAGAUUUUAUGAUUUUAGCACAUUAGUUAGCAGUCUGUAGUUUUUCAGGUUUUUUUUAUUAGAGUAUUGUAAUAGAAUGAAUUGUUUCCUUCCUUUUCUACAUGGUGUUAUUCUCAUGUCUUUAGUCAGGCUACUAUGGAGUAAAAU